UGUGAAUUGAAAUGGUCUUUUAUGUGUACUAAACAAAUCGAGACGAGUUUAGCUUGUGAUUAAACUACAGCUGCUGUUUGUUAGUUUUAGCUGAUGUGAGUUAAAACGAUAGUGUCGUAUUAAUUAUGUGUAAACACUGAUUUAACCAGAGCUUCAUCCGCCACUUAACAGCUGUGAGCAUCAUUAUGGAUUCGUCUUCAGUUCUUCGUCAGAAAAGUCAGAACAGAAUUCAAAUCCACAAUCAUAUGAGCACGAACAAUGAUUAUAACAAAAUGCCGACAGACACAAAGCCUUCCAAGCAAGAGUCUGGACCUAACCUUACCAGCCACAAUGUUGAAAAUCUAGAUCCAAAAAGCUCAGAAGUGGUUAGAAAGGCACCAGUCCGGCCAGGUAUGAGCAGGCUUCCGGUACUUGCAAAGUCCCUUCAUCUUCAGACUCCAUCUGACUUCAGUCAGUCUCACUGCCGGUGGGAAGAGAAACCCCUGACAGGGAAAGCUAAGAACAAAAAGCCAUGUACGAGGCCCAUUCCAUUCCACUUGUCUCAGCCUAGGGGCACAAGAACAACAUCUGAAAAGAAGCAGCUUCAAAGUGUUACACGGUCAACGACUGGGACUAAUAUAACUACAAAAAAUAUAAAUGCUAACACCCGAAGCCGUCUGGCCACAUUAAACGGCAAAGAGGAGUCAACCAAAGUUGGAGGGAAGACUCCUAGAAAAGACCAAGACACUGCAUUCCAUGUGUCAGAACACUGUGAGAGUUCUGGCGCUUUUAAGACUUCAGCCACUUUGUCUCAUCCUUUGACAUUCAUUUCUGAAACAACUGUGUGUCCAAAAAGUGCUGCUUCCUGUGCACAACCUGCUCUUAGUACAGAGGUGUGUUUGGAUAAUAUGAACCUACUUAGUCUCAAAGAACCAUCUAAGGCCUGCAAUGUGCAGGAGGUUACCACUAGUAUCUCCUCACAAGGUAAGUUAUAGAGGUGAUCUUGAAAUUGGACACUGUAUCGUUUGCUGUAGCAGAGGAUGUCUGUCACUUUGGCAGGUUAUGAUUAACCUGGCCGUAAAGGAUGGAGAGUCUAUUGCAGUGAUUGU